AUGGCCCUGCCGCGUCGACCGCGUCGGGGCAGCAGCGACCGCGGCAUGUUGGGCCCCGGUGCCUUGGCCCGACGCGUGAAGUGCGACGCGAGGGGGAGCGGUGCCCUGGUGGAGCCGGGGCGCGCAGCUGCUGCCGACGCCGACGGUUCGCCUGGUGCAGAGCACACACUGGCCUUGAGCGCUCGAGCAGCUGCCGAGGCCACACAAUGGCCUUCUGAGAUGCCGCAGUCGUCCUGGCUUCGGGGUGGGUGCGCUCAAAUCACAGACAACGCGGCCGUUGCGUUCGGCGCAGUGCAAGGUCGGAGAAAAGGUAGAUUCGUCUACGGCAUGUUUCGAGCCCCAGGGCCCGCCGGGCACCCCAUACCGCUGCCGCACCGAGGGUGUGGUGCGGCGCCUCGAGCGCCGUGCCCCGGCGGCGUCGCCGCCAGUGCUCGGAGCGCGGGGGGCGCCGGAGCCGCCGUGGAGAGGUGCAAAAGAGACCACGAUUUCGGCGGC